UUUGAAAUCAUGGGCUCGUCCUUGUCCUCUUUCAACAGCCCCAACCACCCCCUGCACUGCCACGACCACCACCACCAUCCCCGCCACCAUCAGCGCUGCAGAUACGCCGCCGUCUGUGCAAGAAUUUCGCCGUCAGCUGACGCAAUCAGAAGUGGGUUUCUCUCUCCGCGGGGAUUUGCUCUCGUGGGUCCUCGCAUUCGAUCGAAUCUGUGCUUUUCCGCAUUUGCAGAGAAUAACCCACGAUCAGUUUUGCCCUAACAACGCGUACAUCGAGCGUCGGCCUUCUGUAACCUCGCUCGUCGACGUCAGGGAAUCCGCUGCAUCGUGAAUUCGUCAGCUCUUUCUUCAGAAUUUGGAUUUGGUAGCCGGUGGGAGUUGCGAUUUGCAAAGACCCGUGCUGGAACAUCCAACUUCAAUUCGAGGUACAGUUGAAUGCUGAUUUGGGAUUGAGAGAAUAGGUAGAGAAGUUAGUUAGGUGACAUGGGUAGGGUUUUGGGAAGGUGAUGGUAGAUUUUGAUUAGUUGAUUGAUAAUGGUGCGGCUUCUGGGACUUACGAUCGGAGAAAGCGAUGAUUCUCCACGGGAGAUCUCCACCUCACGCACACUCUUGGCGAGUGAUUCUGGAGAGACCGGGUGGCUCAUCAGGUUCUUCAACUCCGCUUUUUUCUGUGAGUGGAUUGCAGUUAGCUACCUCUACAAGCAUGAUCAUGCAGGGGUCCGCGAUUAUUUAUGCAAUAGGAUGUACACAUUGCCCUUAUCGGGUAUUGAAAGCUACCUAUUUCAGAUAUGUUACAUGAUGGUGCACAAGCCAAGCCCCAGUUUAGAUAAGUUUGUGAUUGAUAUUUGCAUGCAGUCGUUGAAGAUUGCUUUGAAAGUGCACUGGUUCUUGAUGGCUGAGCUUGAGGAUAAUGAUGAUAAUGAUGGCAUCGGUAGGAUUCAGGAGAAGUGUCAGACUGCAGCUACUCUGAUGGGCGAGUGGCCCCCACUUGUGCGGCCUCAAAAUGCUACUGCCAGUCCCGGGAGCAGUAAGAAUCAGGUCUUGAGUAGGAUUUUGUCAUCCAAACAGAGGCUGUUGUCCCUAACAUCUUCUCCUGAUGACAACAAGAGGAGGUCCAUAUCAUUCUCCCCUUCAUCAGGGAACACUUUGCAAGAGGAGAUUGGUCAGUCACCUCCUGAGGAAAAUAAUCUUUUCAAGAAACUUAUUCCUGGUCCGAAGGUUAGGGAUGCAUUAUUGUUUAGGAAGUCAGUGGAGAAGGAUGAUGAAGACUCAGGAAAGGAUGGUUUCUUUAAGAGAUUACUGCGCGACAGUAAAGGCGAAGAUGAGGAGUUGACAGCUAGUUCAGAGGGAUUUUUCAAGAGGGUCUUCAGGGACAGUAAAGGCAAGGAUGAGGAACUGACAUCUAGCUCAGAUGGUUUCUUCAAGAAAUUAUUUCGCGAUAGCAAGAGUGAUUCUGAGGACAAAUCAGUUUCAAAAUCAUUGGAAGAUUAUGAGAAGGAUGGGUUCUUUCGGAAGUUUUUUAAGGAGAAAUUCGAGGAUAAGAAGGAUGGGAAUGAUGAUGAAGAUAAGGGGACAACUGAAGAAAGAUGUUCGAAAUCAGCUGAAGAUGAUGAAAAAGAGGGGUUUUUCCGAAAAUUCUUUAGGGAAAAGUUCGAGGAUAAGAAAGAAGGGAAUGACAAAGUUGAUGAGGUUAAUGCCCACAUAGAUGAAGAAGAGCCUUUGGACUUUUCAUUGUUCCGAAGACUAUUUAGAGUGCAUCCUGAAGAUUCCAAAAAUAUAGUGCCAAGUGAAAAUGGCCCUGCUGGCAACUCAUUUGAAAGCAGUCCUGGGACAGAGAACUUUUUUCGCAAACUAUUUAGAGAUCGUGAUCGCUCUGUGGAGGACUCUGAGCUUUUUGGCUCAAAGAAGCAAUCUGAGAAGCGCCCUGGCUCACCUAAGGAGAGAGAUGACAAGACCAAUGCCAAGCCUCCUCUUCCAAAUAAAUCUGCUUCUCAUUUCCGUAAAGGGACAUAUCAUAAGUCAUUAGACUUUGUGCGGUCAUUGUGCGAGACGUCAUACGGAUUAGUGGAUAUAUUUCCUGUGGAAGAUCGUAAAACUGCACUACGGGAGUCGCUUGCAGAGAUCAACUUGCUUAUAGCUGAAGCGCAAGAUAGUGGAGGUGUUUGCUUUCCAUUGGGAAGGGGGAUGUAUCGUGUAGUUCAAAUACCCGAAGAUGAAGCUGUUCUGUUGAACUCCAGGGAAAAGGCACCCUAUUUAAUUUGUGUCGAAGUCUUGAAGAGUGAAAUGCCCAGCAAUAGUAAGGACACAUGUGGAUCACAAAAGCUUUCAAAAGGAGGAAUUCCACUAGCAAAUGGAGAUGCCCUACUGCCUAAACCACCUCCUUGGGCUUGCCCAUUAAGGACUGCACAAGAGAUAUAUCGCAAUAGUGCUGAUAGAAUGUCCUUUUCUGCCGCUCAAGCAAUAGACCAGGCAAUGGGUCAUAAGUCAGAGGCCAAAAUGAAAUUUGUUAAUGUGAACCUUUCUGUAGAGAAGGUGAAACGUCAGGCAACUGGUAAGAAAAGUGGUAGCAGUCGACAAAGUGAAGGGGAACAAACAACAGAUUUGGAAUGGGUUAGAGUUGUUCUGACGGCAGAUCCUGGAGUGAGGAUGGAAGAUAUCCAGGAUCAAGGACCAUCACGUCGGAAGGAACACCGCCGAGUUCCUAGUACAGUUGCUAUCGAGGAAGUAAAGGCAGCUGCGGCAAAAGGGGAAGCACCUCCUGGUCUGCCUUUGAAAGGGGCUGGUCAAGAUUCAUCAGAAGCACAGCCGAGAGCUGGGGGUACUCUCAAGGCCGGAGAUGCCUUGUCUGGUGAGCUCUGGGAGGUUAAAAGGGAGAGAAUCCGAAAAGCUUCAGAUUUUGGGAAGUUACCUGGUUGGGACCUGCGUUCUAUUAUUGUAAAGAGCGGUGAUGAUUGUCGACAGGAGCAUCUAGCUGUGCAACUCAUCUCCCACUUUUAUGAUAUCUUCCAAGAGGCUGGGCUCCCUCUCUGGUUACGCCCUUAUGAAGUUCUUGUUACUUCUUCUUACACAGCUCUUAUCGAAACCAUUCCAGAUACGGCUUCGCUCCAUUCGAUCAAGAGUAGAUAUCCCGACAUAGCUAGUUUGCGUGAUUUCUUUGUUGCAAAGUAUCAAGAGAAUUCUCCAAGUUUCAAGCUCGCCCAGAGAAAUUUUGUCGAAAGCAUGGCUGGUUACUCGCUAGUUUGCUACCUUCUUCAGGUGAAGGAUCGGCAUAAUGGGAAUCUCUUAUUAGAUGAAGAAGGCCAUAUUAUUCACAUUGAUUUUGGCUUCAUGCUGUCAAACUCACCUGGUGGGGUGAAUUUUGAGAGUGCACCUUUCAAAUUAACGCGCGAACUUCUUGAGGUCAUGGAUUCUGAUGCUGAGGGAAUACCAAGUGAAUUUUUUGACUACUUUAAGGUUUUGUGCAUCCAAGGGUUCCUUACGUGCCGCAAACAUGCAGAGCGUAUCAUUUUGCUUGUUGAGAUGCUGCAGGACUCUGGGUUCCCCUGCUUUAAAGGUGGUCCACGGACCAUUCAGAAUUUGAGGAAGAGAUUUCAUCUAAUUUUAACGGAAGAGCAAUGUGUGUCCUUGGUGCUUUCCCUAAUUAGUAGCAGCUUGGAUGCAUGGCGGACGCGCCAGUAUGAUUACUAUCAGAGGGUUUUGAAUGGGAUACUGUGAGCAGUGAUUAAGUUUGUGAUUACUGGGUCAUUCUAUUUGGUAUGGCUGCCGGGUAUGAAAGAUCCUGUCACACUUGACUGGUUUAUGUGCGCUUGGAGGGCUGCUUAUUCACUGUUGGAUGCCUUCAUAUGUUUUCACGGUUGCAAAGAUUUGUGAUUCUUCUGGGUUUCUGGCUGGCCUACUUGUUUGUGGAUGAGCAUGAUGCGACUUUGCCGGCGAAAAUUCGUCAUGAAAGUCCUAGGCAGCUUAUACUAUUACACUGGAGCUUGUGUCUGACGAAGAUACCCUUUCUUCCAUGUACUUUGGAAUCCAUUUAUUGCAAGCAUUGGUACUACAAAAGACAUCCAUAGUCAACGAGCAUACUGUACAGAGAUUUUAUUGGGGGAAGAUGCAAAGGACUUGUCGGUGGCCAAUGAAGUUCCAGAGUUUCCGAUUCUUGUAAAUCGGUCCGGCACUGAGAAGAUGAGCGAUUCUCCCUUUCUGCAUUGGUCAUUCAGAGAGAUCUAUCUUCCCCGCACAACAUUUUUCCAUGAAACAGACACACACAUGUAGAAUUGUUGGGAAAAAGGGCAUGUGGAUUCCUUUGUUCCCUCUCUUUUUCCUUUUCCGCCUUUGCUAUAGGCAUGUGAUCAUUUGAAAAGGAUGUGUAAAUUUUUUUGGUUUUGGUUUCUACGAUGAACUUGACCACAA